AUGCGUUGGGUCGACCUCACCGGAGUCGCUGAUUGGGUCCAUAGGGUCGAAGUACUUCCUAAUUUGGCGGUACUGAUUUUGUUUUGCUGUGGCCUUACUGUACCAUCGUCGUUUGUACACCACAACCUUACAGUUCUUGAAGAGCUUGACCUCUCUGGUAACCAAUUCAGCAGUCCAGAUACACCCAACUGGUUAGGGGGUGUAACUAGCCUCAAGAGCCUACGGUUAGCGGGAUGUCAAUUAUCAGGCACGUUUGCUAACAAGCUGGGAAACUUGACCCUGUUAGAGAACUUCGACUUUGGAUUCAACAACGUUGAUGGGAUGAUACCAGGAGCACUGAAAACAAUGUGUAAUCUGAAGUCACUAGAUCUCACUGGCAACAACAUCAGCACAGACAUGAAAGAGGUGAUAGACUCGAUACCCAGCUGCUCUUGGAAGAAUUUGCAACAGUUGAUUCUGGAUAGUGCCAAUAUCACUGGCACAACAUUACACUUUGUGUCAAACCUAACUAGCUUAAACAUACUUCAAGUGAGUCACAACAAACUGAGUGGUUCAGUGCCUAUGGACAUUGGCGUGCUUGCAAAUUUAACUUACUUAGACCUGAGGCACAACAACUUGAGCGGUUCAGUGCCUGUGGAGAUCGGCACACUUACAAAAUUGACUUACUUAGACCUUGGAAACAACACCUUGAGUGGUGUGAUAACAGAAGAUCAUUUUAUUGGUUUGAUGAAUUUAAAGUACAUUGACUUUUCUGAUAAUAAUUUGGAAGUUAUUAUCGACUCGCAUUGGGUACCUCCGUUCAAAUUGGAAUCAGCAUGUUUAUCAUCUUGUCUUUUGGGUCCCAAGUUUCCUAAAUGGCUUCAUUGGCAGAAGGGCAUUCGUGAACUUAUGAUUUCAAACACAGGUCUAGUUGAUAGGGUACCAGAUUGGUUUUGGACUACCUUUGCUGAAGUUACAUGGUUGGACAUCUCCCUGAAUCAACUAAGCGGCGACUUACCAAUCAAUCUGGAGUUCAUGUCAGUGGUCACACUUUUGAUGCAGUCAAAUCUACUGACGGGUUUGAUACCCAAGUUACCAAGGACAAUUAAGUUAUUGGACAUAUCCAGAAACUUCUUAAAUGGGUUUGUAGAAGAUUUAGGAGCUCAGAAUUUGCAAGUUCCAGUUCUGUUUUCCAAUGCUAUAUCUGGGACUAUUCCAACGUCGAUUUGUCGAUUGCAGAAAUUGCGGAUCUUAGAUCUUUCAAACAAUCUGCUUUCAAAGGAACUUCCUGAUUGUGGCCAAAAAGAGCUGAAACAGCAGAACUCAUCAGGCAAUAACUCUACAAAAUUCAUUUCAGUGAGUUCCUUUUUGAAAAUCACUACUCUUAUCCUAAGCUAUAACAAUUUUUCAAGUGGAUUUCCUCUGCUCCUACGACAAUGUCCGAGUCUUAUUUUCCUCGAUCUAACUCAAAAUAGAUUCACUGGAGAGUUGCCUGGGUGGAUCAGCAAAGCCAUGCCCGGUUUGGUUAUGCUACGGUUAGGAUCAAACAACUUUUCUGGUCACAUUCCAGUUGAAAUCAUGGGACUUCAUGCUAUUUGUAUUCUUGAUUUAUCCGAUAAUAACUUUGUUGGGGUCAUACCGCCAUAUAUAGAAAACUUGAAAGCUUUGAGUAGCACUGAUACAAUAUUUCGUGAUCCCUUUGAAGAAGAAGAAAUUGGUGAGUACCGUUCACUUCGUAUGGGAACGGCUAAUGGCAGCUUCACGGUUGUCAUGAAAGAAAAAGUGAUUGAGUAUGGAGAGAAUAUUGUAUAUUUGAUGAGCAUUGAUUUGUCUCGCAACAAUUUGACUGGAGAAAUCCCUGAGAAACUAAGCUCCCUUGUUGGUCUCAUAAGUUUGAAUUUAUCAUCAAACUUGUUGAGUGGAAAUAUCCCGUAUAAUAUUGGCAUACUUCAAUUAGUGGAGUCUCUUGACCUCUCGAGGAACAAACUAGCUGGUGAAAUCCCCAAGAGCUUAUCAGAUUUGACAUACCUGGGCUAUUUAAACUUGUCAUACAAUAAUCUGUCUGGAAGAAUACCCUCGGGGCAUCAACUUGACACCCUCAAUACAGAUGAUCCAGCUUCUAUGUAUGUUGGAAAUCCCGGUCUUUGUGGACAUCCAAUUCCAAUGCAAUGUCCUGGUCCUCCUACAGAUCCGCCAACCAACAAAGAUCCAACAAGGUUGCCUGAAGAUGGCUUGUCUCAAAUAGAUUUUCUUCUUGGGUCAAUUAUUGGUUUUGUGGCGGGUGCUUGGAUGGUGUUUUUUGGACUUCUCUUCAUGACGAGAUGGAGGUACGCUUAUUUUGGGCUACUCGACAGGCUAUAUGACAGGUUUUAUGUCAUUUCUAUUGUUACUUGGCAAAAAUGGUUCGGACCACGGGUGUGA